GCGCGCGCGCUCCCGCCCCGCCGGCGCUGCGAAGGUUCCGGAGCCCGCGCGCGCCCCCGCCCCGCCCGCGCCGCCGCCACCGCCGCUGUCACCGUCACCGCCACCGCUGUCAGCAGCCGGCUCCGGUGCGGACACCCCCGCAGCGCAGCGGCAGGUUCCUUUGCUGAGAGGUGGCAGAGCAGCCCCAGGACAGCACCAUGAUGGAGGAUCACGCACCUGGCCAGGACAAACACUUCUCCUCAGGCUGUCCCCUUCAGAUUCCAGUGGAUGAUGGAUCGGAUGAGCCAGUUUCUGAAACCUCUGAGGCUAAGAGCACCCCAACUGCAGAAGAUGCCACAGCACCUUUAGUGGAGGAAGGAGACCACGAGGAGCAGGGUGGUGUGGAGCAGCACGGGGAGAUCCCAGAAGGAACCACAGCUGAAGAGGCGGGUGUGGGAGCCACGCCCAACCUGGAGGACCACGCUGCAGGAGAUGCUGCUCCAGCUGCAGGCGAGCCCAGCUGCCCAGAGCCCCAGGCUGGCCCUGAGCAGCCCCUGGCACGGGCAGCACCCGGGGCCAGCCAGCCCCCAGGGCUCCAGCAGCCACCUCUGCCCCAGGAAAGCAGCAAGGCAGCUCCCACCAGGAUCCAGGUCACCAUCCCAAUCCCCCUGGACUUGUACCAAGGCUCUGGAGCAGCCCCAGGCAGCAGUGAGCUGUGGGCUCAGGGAGGCAGCGCUGAGGAGAGAGAGCUGGCUGGAGCAGCUGGCACAGCUGGCCACGAGGAGGGAGCUUUGUGUGCCAGAGCCUCGGGCACGGAGGGUUCGGGAGCACGGGACCGGGAUGAGGAGCAGGAGGAGGAUGAGACGUGUGAGCAGGGUGUGCCUGCCCCGGGGGCACCAGCAGCUGCCCUGCAGCCUCACCAGCAGCGUGAUGGAGAGAGCCAAGGUGUGCUCAGAGACAGCCCAGGAGAGGCACCCGUGGCUGCAGCUGAGUCCCAGAAAGCAGGACAGGAGCAAGAGUCCCAGAAAGCAGGAGAGGAGCGAGAGGAGAAGCCACAGCUGCUGGGAGGAGGAGAAGGUCCAGAGAUCGCCCUGCCAGAGCCUCCUGGAAGUGUCUCCCAAAAAGAGGCUGAGCCCAAGGAGGGAGAAGAUUCUGGGCCCGUGGCAGAAGCAGACAGAGCCCCUGCUGAGACAGAGGAUGGUGUGAAGGCCAAGGACGCUGCUCUGGAGGAGGCAGGGGGCCGCAGGACGCCGCGGAGGAGGCGCAGUGGGGCAGCUGCAGACAGGGGCAGCCGUGUCCCUGUGCCCACAGGUCGUGUUGACAAGGAAGGAACCGAAGCUGAUGAGAAGAAGUCCAAGAAAUGCUCACCUUGCCCUGCCAAAGCCCCUGGCUCCCUGCCCCCCCUGGGGCCAGCAGCCCCUCUGAAACCCCCCUGCAGCCCAGCCCAGGGGGCCUGUGCUGCCUCCCCCCGUGCUGCCAGCACAGCCAAGGGCCCCGAGGCCAGGGCUGGCUCCAAGGCUCAGAGGAACUCCAGCAACGCCUCCCGCAUCCCGGCCAAGACCCCCACGGCCCCCAAGACCCCUCCCAGCUCCGGCAGAAAGGAGCAGAAAAAACCACCUCCUGCAGCAGCAAAGACUGAGAAAGGUGAGCAGCCCAAGGAGCCCCGGAGCGGCUACAGCAGCCCCGGCUCCCCCGGGACCCCGGGCAGCCGCUCCCGCACCCCCUCUCUGCCCACCCCCCCAGCCAGGGAGCCCAAGAAGGUGGCCGUGGUCCGCACGCCCCCCAAGUCGCCCGCCUCGGCCAAGACCCGCGCCCCGCCCGCGGCCGCGCCCAUGCCCGACCUCAAAAACGUCAAGUCCAAAAUCGGCUCCACCGACAACCUGAAGCACCAGCCCGGGGGGGGCAAGGUGCAGAUAAUUAAUAAGAAGCUGGACUUUAGCAGCGUGCAGUCCAAGUGUGGCUCAAAGGAUAAUAUCAAACACAUCCCUGGCGGAGGCAGUGUGCAGAUAAUUAAUAAGAAGCUGGACUUUAGCAGCGUGCAAUCCAGGUGUGGCUCAAAGGAUAAUAUCAAACACAUCCCUGGCGGAGGCAGUGUGCAAAUCGUCUACAAGCCAGUGGACCUGAGCCAUGUGACAUCCAAAUGUGGCUCCCUGGGCAACAUCCACCACAAACCAGGUGGUGGCCAGGUGGAGGUGAAAUCUGAGAAACUGGACUUCAAAGAUAAGGUGCAGUCGAAAAUCGGGUCCCUAGAUAACAUCAGCCACGUCCCUGGAGGGGGCAAUAAAAAGAGAGAGAAAGGCAAGGAAGACAAGACCUGGACCCCGAGCCCAGAGCGUGCUGGGCUCCAGGCCCUGGUGCUGGAGCCACUGAGCCCCAUGGAGAGCCAGCCCCCAGCCCUGCACUCGGCUGGGGAGGGCACCUAUUGAGACCCACAAGCUGACCUUCCGCGAGAACGCCAAAGCCAAGACCGACCACGGCGCCGAGAUCGUCUACAAGUCACCGACCAUCUCCGGGGACGCCUCCCCCCGUCGCCUUAGCAACGUCUCCUCCAGCGGCAGCAUCAACCUGGUGGACUCCCCCCAGCUGGCCACGCUAGCCGACGAGGUGUCUGCCUCGCUGGCCAAGCAGGGCUUGUGAUCACGGCGCGGCGGCCACCAGGAGAGAAGACAAGGAAAGGAAAGAAAAAAGAAAAGAAACGAAAAUAAUAAUCUGGCCUUCUUCCUCUGUUCCUUUUACAGCUGCUUCCCCGUCCCUAACUGGUUAAUGAUUUAACCUGCUUUUACUGUUCAUUCAGCUCUAGCUCCAGGACUUCAAAUUCAGUGACACUAUGAGGUACAAAACCUCCUCUCCCCCUGCUCCUCGGAGCGCACAGCCCGUCCCGUCCCGUCCCCGCUCCCGCCGCGUCCCUCGCUGUCCCGGCCGGGGAGGGGGCGGCCCCAGCACGACCCGAGCCCCCCCGGCAGCUCAGGGCGCCCCUCGGGAAGGGGCUGUGCCCUCGCCCAGCUGUGCCCUGCUGGCCCGCGGGCCGGGCGGGUCCUGGGCGCACAGCCCCGCCGUUCCAUUUGCCUGCUGAUUUGGAAGAAACCUUUUGUUUUUAUUUCCGAAAGCCGAGAUGUGUAUGAAGAUAACGGCCAGGCCCCCCCAGCCCCGCUCCCAGCUCCGGCAGCUGGAGCUGCGGCGUUCCCCUCUCCGUGGCUGUGCUGGAACCGCUGAGUGGAUGAGUAGAGGCUUUUCCCCAUUCCUUUGGCAGCCCCUCGUGUCGUAGAGUAGAUUUGUCUGUAUAUGCUUGGACCGUGCCAGGGUGAUUGUUUUCAUAAACGAGCAUGUGUUUGAAAAAAAAAAAAAUAAAUGCUGUAAGUAGUUUUGAGCUGCCCGCGCCGGCCCCGCCGCAGCCCAGCCCCGCAUGUCUGCCGGAGCUCGGACGGGCGCGCUCGGCUCCGGGGCUGGGAUGGCUCCCGCACUUGGGCGCAGCUUGUGACAUUUCUGGG